AGUCAUGCUGGGGCGCUGGGGCGCACUGGCGCCCGGCUGACUCGGUGCACCCAUGUCCAAUUGGGAGGACCCGGAUGUCAUUAUACCCUUGGUGGCGACGGGUGCUGUCAUCGGCGUGGCCGCCACCAUUUCUUGCACCGUGUGCUGCUUGCGGCGUGGCUGUUGUGGGCCCCGAGGCCUCAAAGAAGGCGACAUUCAAGCUUUGGAAACCUUCAACGAUAUCUAUCGCUUUCAGCAGAUUGACGUCGGAGAAGGAUUCUUUGAGAAGGUUGAGUCCUCUGCCUUUUGCAAGCUGCGGAGCUAUACCAGGUCUGCCAGACCUGUGCAUAAAUGGUCUUCCCUAAUGCCUGGCUUCUCCUCGGGCUUUCUGGUUGACGUGGCGAAGCAUGUCGACGAAGCCUUGCUGGCCUUUCAGCACCGCAUGUGGGAUGCCAAGGGCGAGUGGAUCUCUUACUUGCCCACCUUCCUGGUCGCUCAAGAGUGGCGGGAAUGGGCCAUGACUGAACUUCAGCGGAUUGAGGCCCCACACCUGGAGCACCGGGAAAUGUUGGACCGUCGGCUGCGGUGGAUCGCCAAUGCGCGAGAAGUGGCCAGGACUGAGAUUAUGGAGUUGCGACAAGCGGAGGGCUGGGAUGAAACGGAGGAGCUGUCCUUGCUCUCCGUGUUGCGACAGCAGGUCGGCCGGGAGCUGCGGCUGGUCUAUGACAGAUGGGAAACUUAUCAGCUCCAAGUGAGUUUCGCAGCCAACACUGAUAUGAUUAAUGGUUUUUUGAUCCAAUUCGUCCGAAGUGGCGUGCAGUUCUUGCGGAAGGUCAUCCGCCAGGACCGGAUCCAUGAGAAUGAGUUCAUCAAAGUGGUCGAGACGGGCGCCAUCAUUUCUAAGCCUUGCACCUUCUGCUGCGGCUUGAAGAACUGGCAAGCCCAUGCUUUAGAUCAUAAGAUUGAUGCGUGGCUGGCCGAGAUCAACAUCUUCGACCCGCAGUUCCCCGGGAACUUCCGCACCACCUUCUUCACCGACAAGCGCUUGAAGGAAUUGGAGGAAGGAACAGCAAAGGUUCGACCGUUAAAGCCGUUAAACCCUUUCGCGCCCUGGGAUGAGAGUCGGUUGGACUACGAGGAGCGGAAUUUGGCGAAGGAAGUGAUGGAUGCUUACUCUCCAGCGGACUUCGGACUCCAGGAGCAUGAGUUCAAGGUUCUGGUCCAGCGGAGUGUGACACUUCUGUCUGCCUUAAAGUAUUGCACAGUCAGCAUCAUGGUUUUAGAGUCGCUGAAGAAUUUCGCUGUCCUGGGAGGUGCCAUUUUCUUGGCUGCCAAGAUGAGCACGGAGCAUGUCAUGGAAAUCUUGAAGUUUGUUGGGCUUGCCGUGGAUUCUGCAGAGAGUGAUCUGGUGGCCGUGGCGGACCUGGCACAGUCUGGCUGGUCCAACCUGCGCCGCACCGAUCGAGAAAGCCACUGGUCGAACACCACGCCGGUGGACAACGUGCGAGCCGCUCUUCAUAUCAAAUCGGAUAUGGUGCGCACGGCGCGGGACGCCCAAGAAACCGUGAAGGUCUUAAAGGCUGAAACCAUGAGCGCAGAGAAGGUCGACGAGGAUCAGAUCGAGGACAAGCUCCAACACGAGCUGGAGUUCCACUUGCACCUUUGGGAGCUCAUCAGCAAGCACUUCGAGAAGCAGAAGAAGAAGAAGUCACGGAGCACUGAGGAGGCCGAGGCCGAGGACCAGGCUCUCACCAUGAUCAUUUGAGACACUUGGAUGCGUGACGCCUGGGCAGCAGAUGUGCCUGACAAAUCGGCCGAACCUCGCCAUGGCGGCUGAUGGGUCAAAAGCGAGACCAUGAGGCCAAACCAACCUGGACCAUGAGG